AUGGUCGCCGCCAAGAAGCAUGUGCCAAUCGUCAAGAAGCACACCGCGCGCUUCUGCCGUCACCAGAGUGACCGGUUCAUGCGCGUGGACCCCAGCUGGAGAAAGCCCAAGGGUAUCGACAACCGAGUCCGGAGACGCUUCAAGGGCCAGGCUGCCAUGCCAAAGAUUGGUUAUGGUAACAACCGCAAGACCCGCCACAUGAUGCCUUCUGGCCACAAGGCCUUCCUCGUCAACAACAUCCGCGACUUGGACCUCCUCCUCAUGCACAACAAGACGUACGCCGCCGAGAUCGCGCACGCCGUGUCGUCGAGAAAGCGGAUAGAAAUUGUCGCUCGCGCCAAGCAGCUCGGUGUCAAGGUCACCAACGGCAAGGCCAAGAUCACCUCCGAGGCAUAG